AUGUUUGGAAAUCAGAAAGCACUACAGCGGUGCUACGACGCACUGAAGUUCAUUGGGGUGUUUUUGGAACGAAGGAAACGCACCGCUUCUCCCGUUCGUCGGAAUCGAAUUGUCCCGCAUCUUGAUUUCCUCGCAAAGUUUGGGACUUCUUACGGAUCUUUUGGCACUCUUACUGAAGAAUACGUCGUGAACGAGAUCUAUGUAACUGCUAUCUCAACUAGUAAGAGGGGAAAACCGCUGACGAUUGCAGAGAAAAUUCUGAAGGACAUCGAGAACCAAAUGGUACUCAUUGACCAAGCGCUGGAACUUUUAGAAGACACUUAUUCGUGGGUACUCAUCGCCAUGUCUAUCUGGUACCUAACUGACCUGCUGUUCGCAUUUUACAUGGUGAUGACAAACUUCGGGUCGAACGGGGUAUCAAACCCAACGAUGAGCUUCGUGGUUAUCGUCGAGGGGAUGAGCAUACUUUUCUUGAUACACAAUCCGGCAGACACUUUACUGGAGGCGGAAGAAGAUUUUCUCGUACAUCUACGAAUGUUUAUUUGCCACGUGCCAGACGAGGAGCUCUCGAGGCCGAACACCGGCCUCGUCCUGGCGGUUCAGCGUCCGCGGUCGCUGACGCUCGGCAAAUUUGGAACCAUCGGCCGUAGUUCUUUCUUGAACACGCUGGCGUUCAUGAUGUCGUAUGUGGUGACGACAAUCCAGUUCUACUACGCCGCGCCUCCCGCCGCACCAACACCGCACGUCGGCUUCAUCAAUGCCACCGACUUGUCACCGCCGCCGAUGACGAACUCCAGCAACUACACAGCUUAA